GGAUCCUUUUUCGAAUGGGCAUGCGCUCUGAGUUUUCCCAGGUCUUUCCCCUUGGUGGUUAGCAACAACAUCCAGCUCCAACAUGCUUGGUAAAUUGAUCGGUCAGAAAUACUUUUCCAUCGCGAGAACAUGGGUUCCAACGUUGGCGGUGUGGGGUUCAGUUGGAGGGGUGGCAUUGGUACACUUCACUGACUGGCGCUUGAUCUUGGAUUAUGUACCGUACGUCAGCGGCAAAUUCAAGAACGAUGACUAGAGGCUUUUCUGUGGCUGAAGGUCAAUCUGUGCUGUCAGAAACAGGCCGAGAGCGAUGGAGAGAGUGUGAACAGACCAUCAGGCACCAUGACUCAACUCCACCCCAGGACAAAGAGAAGAGGAACACUGUGCUUUCACCUUUUUCAAUCAUUUUAAAUGGACUUUUCAUCCUGAUUUUGAAGUAACAGUGUUGUGCAUUUAGUCUUUUUUGGUAAUUGCUCAGCCAAUGGAAUGAUAUGGAGGAAAUAGAAAUGCAUGUAUUGAGACUAACAUAAUGUUUAUUCCCUUUUUGUUUGAUUGAAUUCUGUUGUCAUUUUAAAGCUUAGAGUGAAAUUCUACUUUUCAGGGUCAGUUAACUUAAUUGUUUCGCACUGGUUUUAACGUUGUUUGAUUUUCCAGAGCGAGGGCUAUGAACCUAAAAUCAUACAGUCUCUGUUUUUCCCUUUGCUCUUGGUUCACUGUAUCAACCAUUAUCGUUUCAGUGUAGCCUGGCUACUACUGGUAGUCUGUUUCUGCUUCUAAACUGUUGGCAUGACAACCAUGUAGUUUGGUUCAAUGCACAACCUUUUUGGUACUCUGCUUGUUUUCUUGGACCUCCUUUGUCCAACUUUUUAAUGAUCAUGAUUGUUUUAAUCAAAUUAAGUGUACAAAAUUGUGUCUGGUGUUUUUCCCUAGCCAUUUGAAAUCUAUCCACAAUCUUGUGAUGAUAAUGGGGGAAAACAUAAUAAAACGAGUAAUGUAACCUUU